AUGGAAAAAGACUUCAUGAGGACAAUAACCAUGGCGAUGUUUAUUCCGAUCGCAUUUACGGAAAUCUUCAACAUCUACUCUGAAAUAGUUGCUUAUCUCAGCUUAUUUGCGGAUAGUGAGGCACAGUACAAUUAUAUCUUCAACACCUUUUUGGGAUGGACGCACAGUCUUUUGUAUGUAAUCUACGACUAUGUUCACUACAAUAUUCUUGUAAUGUUAAUUUUACUGUUAUACUGCUGUCGACUUGCCUAUCAGGCUGAGGAGCGAAUUAAAGCCUUUCCCCUGAAUAUGAUUUGUGUCGUGGCGCAGAUUAUUCCAUUCUUCCUGUGCGUGGUCUACUACAUCUCCGAUGGCACCACGGAUGUCGCGUUGAGAGUUCUUUCAAUUUCAUCGCGUGUGGUGAUGAUUGUCGGAUUCCUCAUCAUAAGUGGGCAGAUCCUGACA